CCAGCUCCUUCCAUUCCCGCGUGCGGGGGGGAGGGGGACCAACAAACCGGAGGCCCUCGCUCUUCCAAUACUCAAGCCCCAGCUACAGAAGUCAAGAAGGGUUUCCCCAGGAGCAGUUUCGGUUUCAGACGGCGCCGUCUCCCGCGAAAGUCCUGAGAGGAGCCCAGCCUUGUCCGCCUGCCGCCCCCGGGUGGGAUGGUUGAGGCCGGGGCCACGCCCCCUCCGCAGCCCUGCGAGGGCAUCUUGGGCUUUCUCCCACCGCUUCCCGAGCCCGCUUGCAUCUCGGCGAUCCCCGACUCCCUUCUUCAUGGCGUCGCUCCUGUGCUGUGGGCCGAAGCUGGCCGCCUGCGGCAUCGUCCUCAGCGCCUGGGGAGUGAUCAUGUUGAUAAUGCUCGGAAUAUUUUUCAAUGUCCAUUCCGCUGUGUUGAUUGAGGACGUUCCCUUCACAGAGAAAGAUUUUGAGAAUGGCCCCCAGAACAUAUACAACCUUUACGAGCAAGUCAGCUACAACUGUUUCAUCGCUGCAGGCCUUUACCUCCUCCUCGGAGGCUUCUCUUUCUGCCAAGUUCGGCUCAAUAAGCGCAAGGAAUACAUGGUGCGCUAGGGCCUCGGCGCGUUUCCCCGCUCCAGCCCCUCCUCUAUUUAAAGACUCCCUGCACCGCGUCACCCAGGUCGCGUCCCACCCUUGCCGGCGCCCUCUGCGGGACUGGGUUUCCCGGGCGAGGGACCGAAUCCCUUCUAUCUCUGGCAUCCGGCCCCCGUGGAGAGGGCUGAGGCUGGGGGGCUGUUCCAUCUCUCCACCCUUCGCUGUGUCCCGUAUCUCAAUAAAGAGAAUCUGCUCUCUUAA